CUUUUUAAAUACGCAAAGAGACCUGAUAGACCACAUUAACAAGAAUACAAAAAUAGAUUUUUAAAAAAAUGUCAAAUAUCUUUUUGCCUACAAAAUCCAUUAUCGGAUUACACAUGAACACAACACCACAUUUAUUUUUUUUUAAUUUGUUUGAGUCGUUCAUUUCAGCGUAUUUUCAUUCAAAAGUUGUAAAAUUGUGAAAUACAGUUAUAUUAUACAAUUAAAGUAGUUGAUCAAAUAAGCCUGACAUUUGCUUGCAGUAAUUCUAAUAUACUUUUAACAAAAGUAGUUUACAAUUUAAAUUUGAUUAUGUUUAACGCUGGACUUUCAUUCUGGACUUUGUAUUUACUUAUUGUUGUUGUCAAACUCAGUGGCAGAUCUUUGCAUUCACUUCAUACAAUUUCAUUUUCCUACAAGAAAAACUUGAAUACGAAUCAAACAUUUCCAAAGGACAGAGAUGCUUGUGUCGACGGAGGGAUUUGUAUCAUCAAUGUUCGUAUCUCUGUCAGCGACAAAUAUAAUACAGCAGCAUAUGGGUGCUCUUCCAGUCAACUCGUUAGAAACAUUACCUGGGACAACAAGGAAGAACAACAGUUUCUAAACAACUUGAGACAAGAAUGUAAUGGUCAAAAGAGAUGUACGAUUUUAGAAUCAGCACAAAAUAAUCUGCAAAUAAACUGUACACAAACACUUGUAGAGACUGAUGUAAUGCUUAUUGAUUAUUGGUGCAAGCCAACAACACCAGAUAAUUUGGCAGUGUUUGACAUGAGUAAAGAUAACAACACUUGGUUAAAGGAUAAACCUUUGAUAUCAGCGUUGACACUUAUCCUGCGUACAAAGACAAAGCUCUUUAAUAGCAGAAGCUGUAUCAUCACAACUAAUAAAAGAGAUGCACUUGUUCAUCUACUACAUAUAGACUGGGGACAAACUUGCUAUAAAACGGAUAUUACAUAUACAGAAUUCAUUGAAAUUAAUAAUAAAAGAAUAUUUUAUUGUGAAAGUUUCUUGAACCGCAGCAUACGUGUGAGCAACAAACAAGUCAACAUAACAGUGAGCUCUACGUCACGUGUUAUUUGGAUGGAAGUUAAAGCCUCUAAAUUUCAUAGUGUCGAGUGCCAGAAUCCUAAACCUCAAACAGUGGAUUAUAUCUCAGAAGCAGAAACAAGCUGCCUUGCAUUAACGCAUACUACCACCAAGAGAACUACAUCAACAUCAAAAAACCUGACCUCUUCCGAAUGGGCCACCACAUUGACAACUUUAAUCAGCAGUGUUCACAACUCGUCAGGGAAAGGAACCAAUCGAUUUUUUAUUAUUUCAAUAUCAUCCGGAGUUGUAGCGUUGUUAACCCUUGCUGUGGUUAUAAUUAUCGCUAUAGCUUUAUGUCGAAGAAGGAAACAAAUUGACCAGAGUUCAAUGAAAGAUAAAGAUGAGUUACCAUCUCCCCAGCACAAGGACGGUCAUGUCUAUCACGAAAUCUUGCAACCUGAGUAUGUGGAACUGUAUCGAGAGAGCCAGAUCCGGAGUGACCCAAACAAUUUCACUCCAAUCUAUCUUGAACUAGAGGACAGUUGCUAUACUAUGGAGUGAAACUAUGUGUUAUUGAUCGGCGAUACGAGAUGGCAUAUUUUCACACGACAUAGUUUUGAUUUCUCAGACAAACUCGAUUGUUCUGAUGCUAAAUGAAUGCCACUUUAAAACUUAAUUGAUGAUUUUCAACAGUUUAACAUUUUUUUUUUAAUGAUUGUUUCUUUUUUAAUAUAAUGGAAUGACAAUGUUUUGUUAAACAUCUAAACACAAUUAGUUAAAUAGGUAAAAAACAAAAAACAAAAAAAAAAACUUUUAUAUAUUAAGGAUCUCACUAAACCUUAGGAGAGCAAGGCCAGUACUGACCUGCUUUGAGUGGUAUAAAAGGCUGGACGAAUACCUCCCAGUGGGGCUGCCACCUAGAAAAUUAGUGGAUGGUUAGAAAUGCAGAAGAAGUAUCCAGAUGCAGUUUUUAAUGCAUCAUGCCACUAGACUAUCUGAUAAAACUGGCCUCUCCACCAACCGACAAAACAUUCAACGUUUUCAUCCCCCCCCCCCCUUUGGUGUCGCCGAACGACCCCAGACAUACGCUUGAAACUAGUAGACCCUAAUGCCACUAAGCAAAGUCGUUCAUCUAACGACUUUCAAAUUCUAGCACUUGAGACCAUUAAUGCCUUCAAGCCCAGUGCUAUUUUUGCAUAUACUAAUGGGUCGGCAUUGAUAGAUUUACUCAGUAAAAAAUCUUUCUACCAUGUGGUAGUGUUUGCAUCUUUGAUACGGAGACCAUUGCAGUCUGUGAAGCCUUAAAGGUCAUUGAUUCUCAUAUCGGCGAGAGACAUUUGAGGGCAAUACAGAUUGUUGUGGUCACUGACUCAAAAUCUGUACUACAGGCUUUACAAAGCCCUGGACCAUGGCCCCACAAUAUCGACACUGUCAUCAUGGUGUCUCACGAUAUAAUGCAAUGGGUACCGAGUCACAUAGGUGUGACUGGCUACACAAUUGCAGACUCCUUGGCCCACCAGGGAGGGCAAAUUCCACCCACUGAACAGGCUGCAAGUUUUCACCAUGUUCUGGCUAUAAUAAAAAAAAAAACAGAAAUGGAAAAGUGGUUUGAGUGCUGGGACAAGUCCCAAAAAGCCCGUGAAAUCAGGUAGCGCAUGAGGCGCCCUGACCGCACUUCCCUGUGGUGGAGGCUGUCCAAGCAAGCUAUUAUAGCACAGUGCAGGACAGGCAACUGUCCUGUUGGCUGAUAUUUCUCUCAGCUAUGGCCAAAUUUCGAUUCACGGUGCCCCCGCUGCGGGUAAGAAGUGGAAACCGUGCCUGAUAUUCUGUUUGACUGCCCCAGACUUAAUGAUCUCCGACUCGACAGGUCUGGGAAACCAAAAAUUCUCGAACUGUAUGGUGACGUGUAUGCACUACGCAAGACAGAAGGGUUUCUGUCCAGGGCUUUUCCAAGAGAGGAUUGAAGCCUCUCAAGCCCUCACUUAAAUGGAGUUUGAUGAUGAUGAUGAUGAAGAAUCUCAACUGUUUCACAUAAGAGCCUUAAGUAACACAUUUCACCUUUCUAAUUAUCUCCAUUACCUGUUCUACAAGGUUCUUUAAAAAAUUCAAACAUAAGUACUGGUUCUAGACUAAAAUACCAGUAGAUGUGAUUGAACAUAACAAAAACAUGAUCUUAAGUAAAACACGAACAUCCUUUAUACAAAGAAACACUUAGCGUCUGUUUUUACAGGCAAACACUUUGUAUUGAAAUCUGUGCAUGUUUUUUUAGUCUCUUCUACCCUCGUUAUGGAGAGAUUGUUGAGACGAGCAAGAAGAGACGGCAAUUGGUGUGUGUGUUUUGAAGUCAGAAACGAGGGACAGAUACAUGGGUCCUCUUUAAUGGUGGUCUCUUAUUCUUUGAGUUAAUACAUUCAACUUAUGAAAUAGCUUACUCCUUUGAGUGCUUGCUAGAUGCGUAACUAGCGAUGUGCGGGUGGGGGGUGGGGUGCAUCAAGUGUUGAACGAAAUGUAAAUUUCCUCAGUAUAAGUUUUUAGUAAAUACUUGAUAUUGUACAUAUAUAAACGAAUACAAACUACUGUAUUUUAAAUGUAAAUUAAAAAAAAAAAAUCUACUUUGUUAAUCUUCUAUCUUCUUUCCUAAAUUGAAUGUAAGCUGUAAACCAGCUUGUAAUAGAUUGACGAGAUUUUGUUUGAAAGCUAUUUUGACAAGCCGACAUGUGGUUUAAGUUGCUACCUCAUUGUUCGAUGUACUAGUUAUAAAUGAGGGACAAAGUCAUUAUGAAAACAUUGGUUUUAUCUAGAUUAAUCUAGAUCUAGAUGUUAUACAUAUACCUUUUGAUCCAGGUAAUUGUAAACAAUUAAUUUGUCAAAAAGGAAAACAAAUAUAUAUAUAUAAAAUAAGAACUAAAUUAUCCAUUUUAAAUUUCUUCUGGUCGUUUUGGUAAAUACUCGGCACCCAUGAUUUUUUUAACAAGCAAUAUUUUGUCAUCUCACCGUCAACAGUAUUCUUGAUAGCAACACUAGAAAUAGACUUAGUCUCCUCAUCAAAAGCUUUGUUAAAACAUUACAACUUCUUUUUGAACUCUGUCCAGCAUAUCAGUCAGUGUAAUGAAUGGUAAAUAAACUCUUUGAAAUGAGCUAGAUGGAAAAGGAAGAUUAAUUGACUUGUAAAAAAACAUUCAGACUUUGAAAGUGAAUGAAAACAUUUAUUUUCGAUGUACAUGAAUAAUUUAGCCUAUUAAUCGAGUUUUAUAACAAGAACGUGUAUGAAGAUUGUUAUUAAAUGUCUCUAUUAUAAAACCUCGUCACCGAUUGGGUCUAGAUUCUAAAAGUUAAAAGUAAUAAAUAUAGAGAGGUGGUUAAAUAAUUGUUGAGAGCUAGGCUAGGGUAAGAAAAGUAUUUCUAAAUUAUUGAGAGCGAGGGUUCCUAUGUUGAGAGAAGUUGUUCUAAAAUGUUGAGAGAAAGAGGGUUCUCAUGUUGACUAGUGUAGUGACAGCUGGAGAUGCUGACUAGGACUUGUGGUUGAGAGGCUUUAUACUGACAAGAGAGACUUACAAGAUCUAAUAGAUCUUUUCUUCUUUCACAUAGUCUAGCCAGCGGUGACAACAAAUGUAAUGCUGCCACACAGCUAUUUGAUAGGCAGAAAUGUCUGAGGUUCUAAAGGGGUAAACCUUGUUUGAAACGAUUAUAGAUGACAAAUGUUAUGGAGGUACACAUCAAUAUGGAUCUAUUUCAGAACAGGAUUGCGUCUAAUUAGGUUUGUAAUAACACAUCCACAUUUGAAAACCAUUGUUGGCGAAUCCUUCAGGGUGAGGUGGAAAUGCCAUGUCCUCAUUAUUGCUGUCAUCCGUGUCUAAAUAAAUGUAUUCCUCUGUCGAUGUCAUCCCAUACACCUCUUGGCACAGAUUGCCAAACUUGCUUAAGUAGAAAGGUGAUCCGUUGGGUAAAAUUAUGGGAGUAGUUGGGCUACCAUCCGCACGACAACAAAAUCUUAAAUAAAAA